CUUCUAAAGGAUAAGAACUAACAAAAUCUGGUUUUGAGAAAAAAAUUGAGCAACGUUUUUGUCAAAAAUACGAUUUCUCCAGAUAGUUCUGUCUCGGCUGUUUAUAUUCCAUACAUGUGUUCAAGCCGCCGCCAUAUGCAUGCUUCCCGUGGGGAGAAGGCCUCUCUUGAGCGCACUGGCUAAGCCAGGGGUACGCAAAAUUAACGGCAGUCAAACCUCUGUAUGCUCUGUGAUACUGGAUACUGGCAACCCUGUGAGUCAAAUCCAGUCAAAUCCACUUCCUCGUUUAUCAGGUUUCAGUUUUACAUCAAUUUCCUCCUCCUCUCUAGCAGUAAAUAUUCUGGUGAUAUUAACCUAUUAAGAUGAGUGAAAAUAAAGAUGAGAUUUGUAGGUUAAAUCCUGUUGCCAGAGCGAUACUCCAAGGUCUGUAUGAUGAGGACAGUCCUUUCCAUAAGUUGCUAGGCUUGCAUUAUGUUUUGAAGGCCAUUUGGAGCAACCUUGUGGAAUAUUGGAAAUCAAAAAUAAUACAAGCUAAUAAUAAAUGCCCUGAAGAUUCUGAAUGCUGUAUUGAGUUGUAUGUGAGUUGUACAAAAGUUAUAAACUACCAAGACAAAGAAUUAGUCAUCCAGUUUCCAAAACCUAGCAACAUCAAUAUUAAUAUGAUGCCAUUUGUGAUGGCAAAGGAGUUCAAAGAAACAAAACUACCCAAGAAAUUUAAAGGCUAUUUUGAUGAAAUUAUUAAGCACUGUAUUGUAAAUAAAGAAAUGGGUGAAAUAGGUUAUCUUACCAUCCACGAGAGUUAUGUUGAUAAAGGUACCUCACAAAGAAGACCUGGAUUACAUACUGAGUCACCUGGUGUUGUUCUGAUGAAAGAUGCCAAGGGAUGUUUGAUCCAAAGAUAUAUUGCAUGGGGAUUGGGCCUAUCGUAUCAUAGAUUUGAAGGUUUGGACAGGGAUUUAUUUGAAGGUGGUAUUUACAUGGCUUCAAAUGUUGCAAAUUCUUGUAAAGUUUGGAAUUGUGAGAUAGUCCGACCAGGAGUUGAUUGCCUUGAUAUUGUUGGAAAACAUGGAGAUAUUGAGCAUUUGCGAGAGUUUUUACCUGUUGAGGGUGAAAUGAUGGAGGCAAAUACUGUUUAUUGGAUUACAGAUCGAACACCUCAUGAAUCAUUACCACUAACCCAAGGAACAUAUAGACAAUAUUUCAGGCUUGUCACAAGUCUAGUUUCAGUAUGGUAUCAAGAUCAUUCUACCGAAAACCCAAAUGGUGUUGUCCCAAACCCAAAACUAACAAAAAUUGUCAAAGGAUCCAAGUUUGAUGGAAUUUGUUCUGUGGUUGAUCCUUAAAGGACUAAUUUGCAAAAAGUGGAAUUCUUUCACCUUCAGUAAAGAAAUCAACAUUUUACAUGUUUAUUGUUAUCAACUGUACAGUAUUACAUGUACAACAUGUAAUUGUAGUAUAAUAUAAUCAUACAAUGAAUCACCAACUCUUUAGUAGCUAGUGUGUGUGAACCAGGGUACUGGUAGGCAGUGGCUGCUCCAUACCCAGUUUAUUCCACACUUUUGCAUAAAGAAUGGCUUUUCAAGUCAGACUAGUCUUCUUGUUUUACUAUGCAUAUGUGUAAAACUAAAAACACUUCCUGCUUUCCCGACUACCAUCGCCACCGGUGUGCCCGAUACCCAUUUCUAAUACUUCUUUACACACAAAAGCCUCUUGGAGGAAAGUGCACUAAAGAUUAGACUAGGUCCUGCAGCGUUUAAUAAUAUAUUAAUGACGGAAUGACCCAAACGUUUAGCAAAUUGUUAAUAGGGAAAGGUGAGACACCUUUAUUAAUCAAAGAGGAUAAAGGUUUCCUAUAAAUUUAUAAUUUUAGAUUUAUAUACUUCUUUUUCAAAUUUCUUUUUCUAACGCAAGAGACUGAAGAGUAUCAUUUGAGAUAAGUGAACGGCACAGUCCACAGGCACUGUAGUCAGUCUCAGUAAAGGCUGUUUUCCACUUACGCGUUUUUCAUACGCACGUACAGGCAUGUAGAAGUCUAAAUCCUUA